AAACUAAAUCAUUGAAAAAUGUCACGUGAUGAGCAGGAAGUAAGGUGAGCGGAAGGAAGAAGUGCUGCUUUGGGCGGAGGAGGGUCUCUGAUUAAUAUCACACGUCUGUAAAGAGCAAGAUUCAAGAUGCCAGCAUAUCACUCGCAGUUCACCAACCCUCCCAAGCUAAUUGGGAACAUGGCUCUUCUCCCAUUGAGGACAACAUACAAGGGACCAGCACCUCGCGACACAUCUGAUAUGGACAUCAUAGAUGAAGCCAUCUACUUCUUCAAAGCCAAUAUUUUCUUCAGAAAUUAUGAAAUUAAGAGUGAGGCUGAUCGGACUCUUAUCUACAUUACGCUCUACAUCAGCGAGUGUCUCAAGAAACUUCAGAAGUGCACCUCCAGGAACCAAGGAGAGAAGGAAAUGUACACCCUAGGAAUAUCCAACUUCCCCAUUCCUGGGGAGCCCAAGUUUCCCCUCAACGCCAUGUACACCAAGCCUGCCAACAGGGGAGAGGACGACACAAUGCGAGCCUACUUGCAACAGAUUCGCCAGGAGACGGGAUUCCGGCUGUGUGAUAAGGUGUUUGAUGCUGCCACAGACAAACCCAGCAAGUGGUGGCUGUGUUUUGCCAAGAGGAAGUUUAUGGACAAGAGUCUCUCAGCUCCAGGAUAUUAACACAAGUUCCAGACUAUACCACACCUUUACAAUAACUGUAUAUCUGCUGUCAUUCAUUACUGGAGUCACUGCCGCUUCCAAUGCAUAUGUUGCCAUGGCAACAUGCUUAACCUUUGUAGUCUAUUACUUUAACCAAACUAUAAUUACGAAAAUAUGUCAUUGCCGAUUUAUAUGGGAAAUUAAUUUUUAGUAAUGUGCACUUUUAGAGUAUAAUGUUUCUAUAUCUGAAAAACCAAUGAAACAGGAAUAAGAAAGAAAAUAUUUCUGUAUUGGAAUGAUCCUUGAAAAGGUUAAAAGUAGGAAAUGUUCGGAUGUUAUUUGAAUGAUGCAUGAAUGAUUCAUAAACGAGUUAUUACAAGGAAAAUAGUUUGGAUUGUUUGAAAGAUCCACAAAUGGUCAUAAGCCUUGACAGAAGCAAGAACACAUGAUGGACAUGUCUUUCAUUCGUAGCAUGUUUGUAUUGUAUUAUACAUGAGGUGUUUAUGUCACAUUAAAUUUAUUUGUAACACA